AUGGCGGCGCUGCGGGCGCUGUGGCGGCUCCGCGGCCCCUCAGGGCUGAGGGCGGCGGGAGCUCGGCUGGGCCCGGCCCCGGCCCGGUGGCGGCAGUGGCAGCCGGACAUGGAGUGGGCGCAGCAAUUCGCCGGGGCCAUCAUGUACCCGAGCAAAGCCACCGAGAAAUGGGCGCCGCCACCCUGGAACGACAAGGACCCCCUGGCUCACAAGAAGGUUUCCAGCCUCACCAUCAACUUUGGGCCUCAGCACCCGGCGGCGCACGGGGUCCUGCGGCUGGUGCUGGAGCUGAGCGGGGAGACGGUGAAACGCUGCGACCCCCACGUGGGGCUGCUGCACCGCGGCACCGAGAAACUCAUCGAGUACAAAACCUACCUGCAGGCCCUCCCCUAUUUCGACCGCCUGGAUUACGUCUCCAUGAUGUGCAACGAGCAGGCGUAUUCCCUGGCCGUGGAGAAACUCCUCAACAUCCGCCCCCCGCCGCGGGCACAGUGGAUCCGAGUUCUGUUUGCCGAGAUCACGCGGCUGCUCAACCACAUCAUGGCCGUGACCACGCACGCGCUGGACAUCGGCGCCAUGACGCCGUUCUUCUGGAUGUUCGAGGAGAGGGAGAAGAUGUUUGAGUUCUACGAGCGCGUGUCGGGGGCGCGGAUGCACGCGGCGUACGUGCGGCCCGGCGGCGUGCACCAG